UAACCAAAAAUGACAACAGCAACUAAUUUUUACCCGGAAUAUACACAAGACUCAAACUCAUACAGUAUGUAUCACCACCAGCAACAGCACCUUCAGCCACAAACAGUUCCCCAACAAACGGUUCCCCAAUUCUACGAUGGAUACGCAUCGGGACAACUAGAACACUAUCACCAGUCAAACUUUCACAGUUGGAAUCCAGCAGCCUAUAACAGUCAAUAUUACCGUCCAUCAGAUCAAGGUAGCUACUUUGACUAUGCAAACUACAGCAGCUCUGCAGAAUAUACAAGUCCAAGUCAGUGUGCGGUUACAGCGGGAAAUACAACUAUCGCAACUUCAAAACCAGUGGAAGCAGCUCCUUCCAAGCCAGAGUCCUCCAAACGUAAGCACGAUGAUGACGAAGAUGAUGAAACCGAGGCACCCAGUGCUCUUCGAGCUCUCCUCAGCAACCCAGCAAAGAAGGUCAAACACAACCCUGAAACAUUUUACGACCAAUUCAAGAUCCAAAAACAGCGCAAACAGCUUUCGAAGAAAGAAGCUAAAGCAAAGGCAAUUCCAUCAGCCUUACCUGACCUCGACUCAACAUCCAUCUUGUCGCCAAAGAGCAGUGAAAUUGACUUCCAUGAUGUUUAUGCUGCCAAAUUGCUGAAUCAUCCCAGCAAGGAUGGAUUCCCAACACCACCACCACCGCCAUUAUCAAACAUCACUUCAGUCUCGGGCUUGAAUUCUCCAUCGACAACUUCCAUUGUUGAAGGCAUAAGUACACCACCCCUAUCGCCAGGGGAUGCUAGCUGUUCAGCGAUUUCAUCACCACCGAGUUAUUUCAAUGAAAUCAAUCAUCAAAAUUUGACAGCUGUCAGUGAAGGCAGUGAAUUCAAUUGGUCGCAGAGCGAUGAAGGUUUUGCAGAUUCAAGAGACUCAAAAAGAACUCGCCAAACAUACACACGCUACCAGACUUUGGAACUUGAGAAAGAGUUCCACUUCAAUCGGUAUAUUACCCGCCGUCGCAGGAUCGACAUUGCAAAUUCUCUCAGUCUGACAGAAAGACAGAUCAAAAUUUGGUUCCAGAAUCGUCGUAUGAAGUCCAAGAAGGACCGUUCCUUGGCAACUACCCCAGAAGCCCUAACUCAACUACCCUUCCCCCCACACAUGCCGGCAGCAGAACAGCAACAGCAACGAAGCGCCAUGGCAUAUCCAAACCCAUUGGAGAUGCCUUCGUCCUUACCUUCCUCAACAGCACAAAACUAUCUGAGUCCAGCAGUGAACUACUAUACAGGUCCUUCGCCAGCCACAACAACAGCAUCCUAUUUGUCUCAAUACAAUACCUCAGCCGGAUAUGAAUCCUCAUCGCACAACAUGCUUCCACCCACAAACCAGUCGGUUGCGGCUGCGGUACCUUCUCAUCUCGGACAUCAACAACACCAACAACAUCAACAGCAACAACAACAGCACCAGCAUGAACUCUACCAUCAUCAUCAUCAGCACCAGCAGCAGGAUCACCUUCAUUAUGCCCAUCAUCAGUAUGCGCAGCAGCAGUCAGGCCAAAUACCAGCAGGAUCUGGAAUGUAUCAGUUGGCCUGAUGAAAGAAACCAUACAACCAGAGAAAAAGGCAUCUCAAAACUUUUUCCGUUUGUGAAAAGAGGAUGAAAGUGAAAAGAGAAGAAAUAAAUUUUCGAUACCAUACAAACUUACUCCAGGGACUCACAUUGGUCCCUUUUUUCCGAGUCAAGAUGGACAUGCUACAGUGCACACGAAGAAAUAGAGGGACUUGAACCAGAACUAUUAUUUGUUUGAAAAACUAGAAAAGAAAACCAAUGUGUUUGAGGAUAUACGAGUAUGCACAUUGGCAAGGAUAUAGGCAGGCGCACAUUGUGUGCGUAAAAAGGAAUCCCCUUUGGUUUGGUUUUUGCUGCUUUGUCGAGGAUAACCAAUAAAUUAUGUGUUUUGUGACACGCACAGCGAGCUCCGGCUAGAACGGAGCAUCGAGAGGGUGCGUUUUGCUCAAAACAAUCAUCGGGCGCAGUACUGACAAAAAAGAUAUCGUUACGGAAACAGUGGUAAUCAGUACCUUUAGUUUUAUUCAUAUGAAUCAACAUCAGAAGGAAGGAUUGAACCGAACAGUUGGCGAUAGUUUUCGAACUUAUCACUUAGAUUUUUUAUAUAAAAAAUGUUAUGAUUGAUUUAAUGAAAUAAAUA